CCUCCGCCCCUCCAGGCCGCGGCUGUGGUCGCGUGGGGACCGGACGGGGUGGGGCAGGGCCUGGCACCCGGCCACCGCCCCCACCGGCCCCGUCCGCACACUCUCUUCCCCCAAUUCUGGUGUUCGGUUACGGCUCCUGUGCGCCAGCCCAGAAGGAAAGGGCCGGGGAGGGUCCCUGGAGGCUGCAUAAAUUGGCGGCCCAGAGCUGGGGGAAGGGGGAACGCGACGGCGGGGGACGGCAGCGGGCGGCAGCGGGCGGCAGCGGAGGUGCUCGGCCCGGCCCGUGGGGCCCUCUGCUCCUUCCCCCGCUCGUCGGCCCUUUCCUCGAUCUGGUUUCUGACCUCUCCGCCCUGGCUCCUCUCUGGCAGGGCGCGAUGCCCACGGUGCAUGCAGGGCUUGCAGCCACCCGUGCCGCCGCAGCCUCGGCGCUGCCCCUGCUGUUACUCCUGCCUGGGUUGUGGAUGCUGCCCCCGGCCGGCGCCAGGCCACCCCCUGGCCCCGACCCCCUGAGGCUUGGCUGGCAGCGACUGCUGGCCGAGGGCGAGGCCUGCGCCCCCUGUCGGCCGGGAGAGUGCGCUGUGCCUCGGGGCUGCUUGGCUGGCCGGGUGCGGGACACCUGCGGCUGCUGCUGGGAGUGCGCCAACCUCGAGGGUCAGCUCUGCGAUCUGGACCCCAGCGCCCACUUCUAUGGGCGCUGCGGCGAGCAGCUGGAGUGCCGGCUGGACGCGGGCGACGCGCUGAGCCGCGGGGAGGUGCCGGAGCCGCGGUGCGCCUGCCGAUCCCAGCGCCCGCUCUGCGGGUCCGAUGGCCGCACCUACGCCCAGAUCUGCCGCCUGCGCGAGGCGGCUCGAGCUCGGCCUGAUGCCAACCUCACUGCGGCGCACCCGGGGCCCUGCGAGUCGGAGCCCCAGAUCCUGUCACAGCCCCGUGAUGUUUGGAAUGUGACAGGCCAGGAUGUGAUCUUCGGCUGUGAGGUGUUUGCCUAUCCCAUGGCCUCCAUCGAGUGGAGGAAGGAUGGCUUGGACAUCCAGCUGCCAGGGGACGACCCCCACAUCUCCGUGCAGUUUAGGGGUGGACCCCAGAGGUUUGAGGUGACCAGCUGGCUGCAGAUCCAGGCUGUGCGACCCAGUGAUGAGGGAACCUACCGCUGUCUCGCCCGAAAUGCCUUGGGUCAGGUUGAAGCCCCUGCCAUGCUGACCGUGCUCACUCCAGACCAGCUGAACUCUACAGGACUGCGCCCAGGGCAUUCCCUGAGCCGAGAGCCUGAGGAGGAGACCGGGAGUGACGAGGGUGAAGAUUACUACUAGGUCCAGAGCUCUGGCCUAUGGGCUGGCCAGAGUGGCCACAGUGCUCAUCCCUUCUCCUGAGAAGGCCUGGGAAAGACCUGAAGGGGCAAGCAGGGCCUCUUCCUGCGCUGUUUCCAUGCUCCUAAUAGGGUGAGCACGAUGGUAUAGGGAAGAGAUGGGGUGCCAUGGCAGGGAGGGGGGCAGAACGAGGGCGGGUGGGGUGCUGCAGGGCCUGUGAAGAGAUGCCCUGGCUGAGAUCUCCACUCCCGGCCAGUUGCCAGAAGCAGCCGCUGCCUGCGGUCCAGGCUGGACCUGGCCUCUGCUGGCUCACAGAGGUGCAGAGCGCAGGACGCCAUCUUCAGCAGCCCUUCCUGCAGCCCUGCUCAGGCAGGCUGUGCCAACUGCCCUUCCCCACAAUCCCCGUCCCUCCUGUUGUUUUCCUGCUACCCAGCUUCUGCAGGUCUCAGUUUACCCUUCCUCAAAACUCACCUUCGGGUUUUCCUUCUCCCCCAGGCAUACCUGGCCUUACUGCCAUCCUCUGAGCCCCCCUCCCACCUUUCUGUGAGAGAGCACAGCAGGGUGUAGCUUGGGUCAGUGCACCGGGGAAGGAUCUGCUCCUACCUUAUCCCACUGUGCAGUGGGCCUGACACAGUUAGCCACAGCAGGCACCAAUAAACAUGAGUAAACAAGUGCA